GAUCUUGACGUGACAGUGAUUAUUAUGUCCUCCAAGGAGUCUUCAACAUCAGUGCCGGCAGAACUAUACCUGGCUACUGAUGAAAAAACGAUCGCUGCGGCAUCAGAUUUACAGCGUUCAAACUUGGAGACGAAUUCUGGCGAGAACGCAAUCGCAGAUACAGCCCCGAUCGAGUAUCCCAAUGCCUUCAAGUUGACACUCCUGCUCGUGGCCACGGCACUAUCGGUUUUCAUCGUCUCACUCGAUACGACGAUCGUUUCGACAGCUAUUCCACGCAUCACAGAGGAGUUUCAUAGUUUAGAAGAUGAAGCUUGGUAUGGCUCCGGCUUCUUCAUGACCAUGGCUGCCUUCCAGAGCUGCUUCGGCAAGGCAUACAAGUAUUUUCACAUCAAGCCUGUCUUCUUCAUCUCAGUCUUCAUCUUCGAGGUCGGCAGUCUCAUCUGUGCCGUGGCUCCUAAUUCUCCUACGCUCAUCGUCGGUCGUGCGAUUGCUGGUGUUGGUGGUGCAGGUACUGCCUCGGGUUGUUACCUGAUCAUCGGCACAAGCGCGCCGCCGCACCGCGUGCCUGCAUUGUUGGGCAUCGUCGGGGCAUGCUUUGCUGUUGCUGCUGUCGUAGGGCCCUUGCUUGGCGGCGUUUUCACAGAGCAUGUCUCGUGGCGAUGGUGUUUCUACAUCAACCUCCCAAUCGGUGGUCUCACGCUACUGGUCAUCCUCCUCUUCUUCUCGCCACCUUCACAUGUCCAGCCGGUCAAGGCCUCGCGUAAGGAAAAACUGCUACAGAUGGACCCAUUCGGCAUCAUCCUAAUCCUCGGCGCACUCAUCAGCCUCUCACUCACACUGCAGUGGGGCGGUGCGAGCAAGUCAUGGCAGUCCGGAGAUGUCAUUGCAACCUUGAUAGUCAGUUUCGUGCUGUUUGUCGCCUUCGGGGUAUGGGAAUAUCGGGCUGGCGAAUGGGCGUCCGUCAACGCACGCAUACUGCGGGAGAGCCGCACAAUCUCUCUUUUGAUGGGGUUUCAAUUCCUCAUCAACGGGUGCAUAUUCAUCGCUUUGUACUUCUUGCCACUUUACUAUCAAGGUGUCCAGGGGCUGAACCCCGGACAGUCCGGUGUGAAGACGAUUCCGCUGCUGGGACUUGCUGCUGGAGGCGCAAUCAUUGCCGGGUUGAUUUACAUGUUCACUGGCGAGUGGCAGGCGCCCACCAUCGCAGGAGCCAUGUUGGUCGCCGUUGGAUCUGGUCUACUAUACACCCUGAACAGCAUGAGCUCUGACUCGCAAGCCAUUGGAUACCAGUGUAUCGUGGGAGUUGGCCUAGGCUUCACCGUACAGGUCGCCAUCACCGUCGGUCAAGUCGUGGCCAAGGCCGAAGAUCUCAGUGUCGUCUCAGCCAUGGCAUUGUUUUUCCAACUGGUGGGCGGUGCCAUCUGGAUCAGUGUUGCGCAAAGUGUCUUUGUGAAUCGCCUGGCGGGAUUUCUGAGUGUACAGUUCAACGUUGAUCGUGCGACGAUUGUGGCUGCCGGAGCCACCGGUGGACGUCAGGGCCUCUCGGGUUCUUUGCUGGAAACGGUGGUCGAAGGUUACGUUCUUGGCUUGAAGGACGUGUGGGUGCUCUGUGUUGCCCUCGCCGGCGCCGCGACAGCUAUUGCGCUCUUGCAUGGGGUGGUCGACCGCCGUAAGCUGCCUCGCGGUACGCUCCUGGCAAUGCCAGCAUGAGCGAGAGGAGCGAGCCUACCUACAAGUAUAUAGCGAUGUGAUGCAUGAAUAUGUAUAACUUUAAUGUCGAGAAUUUGGCCUCUGCUUGGC